AUGCCCGAAAGUUUGUGGAGUUUUCCCCCACCUAGUCUGGCAAGAGACUCUCUAGAUAGCGCUGCCCAGGACUAUAAAAAGAAUCUCUCUCUCUCUCUCUCUCUCUCUCUCUCUCUCUCUCUCUCUCUGAAAACUCCUGCCUUCAAAGCUUCGACCCCUCUUCUUCUUCUUCUUCUUCUUCUGACUCCUUCUCCUGCUUCCUUUUCUUCUUUUCCCCUUCUUCUUCUUCUUUUCCUCCUUCUCCUCUUUCUUCUUCUGUUCCUCAUUCUCCUCUUUUUUCUUCUUCUGACUCCUCCUCCUCCUUCCUUUCUUCCUCUUUCUUUUUUCUUCUUUUCCCCUUCUUCUUCUGACUCCUCCUCCUGCUUCCUUUUCUUCUUUCCCCCCUUCUUCUUCUUUUCCUCCUUCUCCUCUUUCUUCUUCUUUUCCUCAUUCUCCUCUUUCUUCUUCUUCUGA